GUCCGAAAGCAGAGCAUCGGGCCCGGACUCGACCCUAUCGACGAGACCGCCGCGGUCGGCUACAAGGAGUAUCGUGAAGCUCUUGACGUCGAGGUCUCACAACGAGAUGUACGUAUUAUCUCGCCCCAUCGACGCCAUUCGUGCUCAUGUCAAUCCAGGAUCGUCGCAUUCGGUGGAAAAUUGACCUCAUUAUCCUACCCAUCUUCCUGAUCACUCAAAUGCUGCAAUUCAUGGACAAAACUGCGCUCAACUACGCCAACCUCUUUGGGUACCAAAAGGCGCUUGGCCUCAAAGGUCUUGACUUCAAUUACUUGUCAGGAAUGGUCUAUGCUGGCUAUUUCUUUGGUCAAUACCCCUGCGGUUGGCUGAUCGGUCGCUACCCUGCACAGCGUGUGCUGGCCAUCUCCUGCUUCAUAUGGGGUGUGCUGGUCAUUCUCCUCACGCAAUGCCGCAGCUUCAGCUCUGCGUUGGCCGUCCGAUUCAUCAUGGGCAUCUUCGAAGCAGCAGUCACUCCUGGAUUGACUUUGAUGACUGGUUUCUGGUACAAGCGACGAGAGAUCCCCCUUCGACAGUGUAUCUGGUACAGUGCACUCGGAUUUGGAGGCAUUGCUGGCUCGUACAUUUCUUUCGGCGUGUCCAAGCUCCCUACGACCUUCACUCCGGAGCGAUGGGAAUUGAUUUUCUACAUUCUCGGAGGCGCGACCUGUGUCUGGUCUUUUGUCAUAUUCUUCAUCCUUGCCGACACUCCUAACAAUGCUCGCUGGCUCAAUGAGCAUGAUCGCAUCAUCGCUGUCAAGCGAGUCUCCGCCAAUCAAGUCGGUAUCAAGAACAAGACCUUCAACAAGAAACAAGCGUUGCUUGCCUUCUAUGACCCAAAGGCCAUACUCAUAUUCAUCUCGGUCUUUGCUGCAGCCAUUCCUAAUGGCGUGGUGAACUCCUUCUCGACCAUUAUCAUCAAGGACCUUGGCUUUUCGACUACAAAGACUACCGAAUUGAAGUCGGUUGGAGAUGCUGUGCAGGUUGUGGCACUGUUCAUUGGUGGUGCCAUCACACUGAAGGUGCCCAACUCACGACUCUUGACUGCCACCGUUGCCAAUGUCUUAUGCACGCUUGCCGCAGGACUGAUGGCUUUCCUUCCACGCCACCUCACUUGGGGUCGACUGGUUUGUUUCUGGCUCGUCAACUCACAGUCCGUUGGCUUCACCAUCUCCCUCGUUACCGUCAACAGCAACAUGGCCGGGUACACUCAUCGAAGUAUGGCCAGUGCUUUGGUCUUCACGGCUUAUUGCUGGGGUAAUUUCGCUGGACCUUUCGUGGUGAAGCCAAGCCAAGCGCCAAACUAUAUCGGUGCCACUAUCGGUUUACUGGUCGGCUACGCCAUCAAGACUGUGUGUCAUUUGGCAUUACUUGCCUACAUGUACUACAGCAACAAGCGGCGCGACAAGCUGUAUGGCAUCGCGGAUAACGCAGCUAGUAACGAGGCAGGUAUGCAGGACAAGACUGAGUAUGAGAACAAGGAUUUUAGAUACGUCUUGUAGGCACCGAGGUGCCCAUCGCACCGUGGCCCAAGGGUCGUCGAGUCAUGUCAACCACUCUCGCGACAAACAAAAUGCUCAUAUACAAUGAGAAUAUAUACUAUAUGAAUCUUGAGCUCCAAAACAAGUUGAACACCUUGCACAAUAACUCAUGCAAGUAUCACGCGGUACUGUUCAAAGCGAGGAG